GUAACUUUCUAGAUAGAAUAAUAUAUUAUACCUGAAUCAUGGAAAAACAUCAAGAUCGUUCCAGUGCCUAAAUCUACAAGUGGACCUAAUGUUAAGUUUAGACCCAUUUCAAUUACCUCACCCUUUUUGAAAGUUAUGGAAAGACUUAUUUUACUUAAUCUUGAUCCCUCUUUAAAACCUUUCAACGACCCCAACCAGUUUGCUUAUAAACAUAGUAGGAGUACGUUAGAUGCCGCUGUCGUCCUCCACCAUAGCAUAGUCUCUAGUUUAGAUAAAGGAGCUAAAUAUGUUCGCUGUGCCUUCCUUGAUUACACAUCUGCAUUUGACUCUGUUCCCAGGUCUCUCUUGCUAAGUAAGCUUGCUGCAACACAGGCUGAAAGCUGGACAAAUAAGUGGUUGCAUUCCUAUUUUUCUGAAAGGAAGCAGUACACCGUCUACAAUGGAAAAUCCUCCACUACCUCACUUACUUUAGCUGGUGUUCCUCAAGGUGCUGUUCUUUCUCCCUUUCUGUUCUCGUUUUUCUUACAUGACUUGCCUCAUUCUGAUGUAGCCACUUUUGUUAAAUAUGCCGAUGACCUCCCGGUUUCUAUGCCUGUCAACUCUCAGUCAGAUUGUUCCAAAUUAAAUAGCUUUCUGUCGGAAAUUAGUCAGUGGUCCUCUUCAAACGGACUUAAGCUUAAUCCGUCUAAAUGUCAGUUAGUCAAUUUCACUUUCAGACGUAAAUGUGACCUACAGCAACUAGUUAGCUCACAUGGCCCCACUCUCAUUGACGACACAGAGGUUGAAAAUACAUCUUAUGUUAAGUACCUUGGGCUGAGUUUUUCCACCGAUCUUUCCUGGUCUUCCCACAUCUUGCUAGUUACUAGAAAGAUGUUUCGCUUAACGAUCUACAUUAGGAAAUUUAGGCAGUCUGGCAUAAACCAGUCUUUACUUUCUCAGUUUGUAAAUUCUUGUAUUCUACCCAUCCUCCUUUACUGCUCCCCAUUAGUCUUUCCUGGACUACUUAAGAAAGACUUUGCUUCGCUGAGAAGGGCACUAAAAGCUGUUAGUAGGGCAAGUGGGAUAUCGUUAAACCAACUGGUGAACACUAUUGUAGAUAGACAUAUUAUGUCAUGUAAGAAACUAGCGAAUACAAUAUUGUCGGACCCCAAGCAUCCUCUCUAUACGCAGCUGUCUCCUUGCAUUUCAUCUGGAAGAACUAGAAGCAGCUACAGGAGGCUAUAUGCUAGGACUACCAAAUACAAAAACUCCACAAUACCAUAUCUGGCACAGCUGUUAUGUGAUGAGAAAUCCGUUAGGUAUGACACGAUAAACUUACUGCGGCACUCUAACAAAUAGUCCCAUUAGUUUUUGUUUUCCUUUCCUCGUUACUAUCACACUGUUGUUCUCAUCUAGUACCACACAUCAACUUUAUAUUUCAAAUCCUGUGUUGCAUUGUUUGAAAUGAAAUACUCUACGUUGUUUGUUUUUUUUCUUAAUUUUUAACAUUUAUUUAUUUUAUUUAUUUAUAACUAAUUUAUUUUAUUUUUAUUUAUUUAUCUUUGAUUUUUAAAAAUCUUAUAUAAUUUAUGAGGUAAUUAGAUGCAAUAUACUGUAAUGCACGCUGAAAAUUCCAUACCUGUACCACAAAUACUGUUUGGAAUAAAGCUGUUAUUAUUAUUAUUAUAUGGUUAUCAACUAACGUGUUU